AUGCAUCCAAAAGAUGUGAGCAUUUUAUCCACGUUGGUGACGAGGGUUGGAAAGGAUGGACAAGCGGUAGCUCGGAACUUGCCGGUUCUGCCGCGCGUGUCAGAAACAAUUCCGGGUGCACGUUCCUUCGGCAACGUCACACUUUCGAAUCCAAACAAUCGUUCCACCGUCAAGAACGCCUUUUUCUACACAUUCGCAAUGGCCGACGAGCUUGCGAGACUACGAGAGGCUCUUGCGCAAGCUAAGCGCCAGGCCUCGGAGCAACAACGCCUGCGCGAAGAAGCGGAGAAUCGCGCCUUCGAUGAGCAACGCCGACGAGAAGAGGAGCAACGCCGACGCGAAAAAGCUGAAGAGGUUGCAAGAAAAUCGCAGCUACAAGCACUGGAGGGUUAUCUUGAGACCUGUCACUCUCUCAGUCUUGCUAUCCAGGUCGUCACUGACCGUUCUCUGACCACCCAAGGUGACACGACCAAUCCCGUCGGCCGUCUUUACCCCCAACGAAUCGCUGAAUGGCACGACUUUCCAGCAAGGCAAGAGGAAAUAUGGGAACAGCUCUCCAUCCCGUCCUUCGCCGAUAACCCUGUGUUCCCAUCCCAACACCAGAUGGCCUAUGUUGAGUCUUUGAUCAACCCCAUCAGCAGCGAGCAAGGCCUUCGCUCCUUCGAGCGCGACACCGUCGAGAAUGCAGCACAGAAGCUGUUAGCUGCAGCAUCCGAAAACACGCAGCUCCGAGACUCCCUUGGCCUACGGGGAACCGUGAUGUUCGAGAGCCAUACGAAUCUCGGCACCGUCGACGACACACUUUCCAAGCCUCUCGAGCGCAUGUCCCUUGCCGGGAGCCGUGCCGCAGAUACACCCCUCACAACGACCGCAGCGAUCCGAAAACCGCGCCGUGGCGCGAAAGGGAAAGGCAACCGAGCGGACCAGUUUUGCAUAUACAGGACGGCAGACGGCGCCAACAUCCCGGCGAUGGCCAUCGAGACUGCGAGGGCGCUCGCCGCCGCUGUCGUUACCCAACUCUUCUCCUACAUGGUCGGCAAGGGCAUGCAGUAUGGAUACGUCUGUACGGGACAAGUCUUCGUCUUUCUCUAUAUUCCAGACGAUCCCGCCACGGUCUUCUACCACGUGUGCGUGCCGAAUUUGGAUGUGAUCGAGGGCGAUGAGAACAGACUUCAUCGCACGGCUGUCGCGCAGGUCUUCGCCUUCAUACUCCAGGCCCUCCUUACGCCACCGCCCCCGCAAUCCUGGCACGAUGCCGCUGAACGACUUGACAUUUGGGACGUGGAGAAACCUGCGACAUCAGGCGCCUCUGGCGGCGCGGUCGCCACAUCGGACGCAAGCUCUGGAGGUGGCGGAAGGGGAAGGCGGCCAGACAUACAAGACCGAGCGUACUGCACCCAUCAAUGCCUUGUUGGGCUUGCACUUGGCGGCCCGAUAGACCCGUCCUGCCCGAACGCCCCUUAUCGUAAACCAGGCCACAUUAGCCGCGUCGACUUUCUGCAUCUACUUCGUGCACAGCUGGCCCGUGACCGCGGCCGUGACGCCGACUCCGCACCGCUGUACCUAGCGGGAGCUGUCGGGUCGCUCUUCAAGGUCCGACCGUCCACCCAUGGUUACACACUUGUUGCCAAGGGCGUCGAGUCAGCAAAUCGUGGCCGCCUACAGAAUGAGGAGAACAUUUACAAUGAGCUCUCUGUUAUCCAGGGGAGGCACGUUCCGGUAUGUCUCGGUCUAAUAGACCUGGUCCUCCCAUACUACUGCGAUGGCCGUGUUUCCGAGCACUUCCUGCUGCUUAGUUGGGCUGGGCAGCCACUGUCCAAAUGCGUCGACCGGAUCGACAAGGUGGUUGCCGUCGACGCAAUCGCCAUCGCCUAUACCGAACUUCAUCGGCUCCGAGUUUUACACUGCGAUGCGGAAUUACGCAACGUCAUGUACAACCGAAAUAUUAUGGUCGUUGACUUCGAGAGAGUAGAGGUCCGCAGUCGCCAACCUCUUGGCCCGCUCAGCCCAAACGGCCAAAACCGGAAGAGGAAGAGGGAACUACCGCAGAAGCAAGGCAAGGAUCCUUUCACAGAAGAACUACAAAAGGUUGUGAAAGACAUCUCGGGAUGUUUCGGGCAAAGUUGA